UUGCAACCUAUUCUCGCUUUCAGGAUCGUCACCUGCUCCACUGAAGUGCCACCAAAUGCCGAUCUUGAAAAGGAAGGUCUUGACGUGAAGCUCCCACGUGGAUGGUACCGGAUAGGUGUGCAAACAAUUCGUAACGACCACUCGUGGUUCAAUCUAUACCGUCGAAAAGCCACUGGUAACGGAUACUGGGAUUUCUAUACGAAUAUUCCAGAACGGAAUUGCAUCGGAGGAUUUGGUAUCCAUUCUGGAAAAAACAUGGCAGCAACGGUGACCGUCAAAGACCCUGCAUGCUUCUCAAAACUUGCAGAUCAGAUUGAAAAGAGGUCCACAAUAGAAAAAUUUGACGUAUAUCAAUGCAGAUAUUGCAUUUUUCACAGUUGUUGGCUGGGAACUCGGAUACUCCCAGCUGCCCGGCAGUACACCACCAAUCUACGAAGCUACUGA